CACUCUACUUCCUUAAUUAGCAGAGCUAUAUAUUGAGGCUAGCUAUUUGAGUGCUAUGGAUGGAAAGAAGCCUUAUAUGAUUCUGAUCUUCAUACAAUUGAUGUAUACCGGGUUUUAUGUGAUCUCCAAGGCAGCAUUUGAUGAUGGUUUGAGCUCAUAUGUGUUCAUCGUCUACCGGCAAGCAGCUGCCUCCAUAUUGCUAAUGCCACUUGCUAUUAUUUUUGAAAGGAGAAGUGCUCCACCACUAUCAUUUCUGCUAUUGCUCAAGGUGUUCAUGCAUGCAAUGGUGGGGAUUACAUUGAGUAUGAUCAUGUAUAACAUUGGACUUAUAUACACCUCGGCAACGGUGGGCUCUGCAACAUCAAACACAAUUCCAGUGAUCACCUUCUUCUUAGCCCUACUACUCCG